AUGAUUUUGUUUCUUGUCGUGCUAUGUGUGUUAGUUAAGUCCCAACAAUGUACUAAAACAAAAGUCGAAGUAGUCCGAGAAAUUUCAAAACAAAUAUUUGAGUCGAAGUAUAUUCCAAUAACACAAAAUACUGGAUGUGGUGAUCCAACCGUUGUUCGUGCGACGUGGUUUUCAAUUCACAACAAAACGCCGACGAGACUGAAACUUUCUCUACAGUUUUACAAUGAACACCGAAUAGAGAGGAAUGGCACUUUGACUGUUUCAGUGCUUUCAAGUUGUAAUGGGAAAAAUUCACGGUGUAUUGAACAUGUGUCUACUGGUACCCAAUUAAUUAUGUUGUCGUUUGUCAUCUCAUCAAACGAGAUGGUUUUUGUGAAUUACUACGGACUCAUUGGUGGAAAGGAUAUGAAAGAAAGCGAGUGGGUUAGACUCACUUCAACGCCAAAUUUGACUUCUAAGCAAAAUGAUGAAUUCCACGUGAACACUCACCACCUCAAUGAAACACUUGAAAAGGCAAACUCUGCGAUUCAACGAGCACAACUGACACUAGCAGAAGUCGAGAAGUCACAACAAAUUAACAGAGCCAACUUUGAAGCUGCUAAAGUUGCGCAUCGCGUGAUGCAAAAGAAAAUGUCACCGAUGGAAUUUGUGCAGCACGAAGAGAGGACACUGAAUGACUCUCAUCCUAAACUGACACAGCCACCAACAAAAGUCGAAUUGGUACCACGAAGUAAAAUUGUUCAAAUCAACAAAGGAGAUGUCGUUGUCCAACAAAAAUUGCACUUCACUGAAUUACUCUCAGUUGAGCUGUUACCACUUUCAAAGGACUUGUGCUCCAAAAGAAACAAAGAAAACAAAGCGAAGUACUUUGCCGUCGAAAUACCCGCCUGUAAAAAACUACGGGUCAACACGUGCAACAAAAAGACGACUGCACGUGUGACUAUACACAUCACGCAAGGGAAUCAGUGUAAACAUGUGAUGAAGUACAAGUGCAACUAUCGGUCGGGGGAAGUUGUCAUGUAUAAUCCAAAGAGUGACAAACCAGAGAGUGUCAUAGUGAGAGUAGCGUCGGACAAUAACGUCGGAUUUGUCUUUGUUAAAAUUGAUGUGUUGGAUGUCAAGAAGGUGAACACUAAGCAAGGGACCGCAUUUAAAGUAGUUACCAUAGAAAAGCAGACAAAGUGUAAAAAUUGCACGAAAGAAAUGCAAAGGAGUAACACUAAUAUGACCACAACAAACACGUCUGCAAACGUUACACAAAACAAAGGAAGUCAAGUCAAAAAAGUCGUUUUGAGGACAAAACAAAUCGACUGGAGUAAAAAUGCGAACGGAAACAUUUCAGAGCCGAAACAAUCAAUUACGUCUUCAAAAACUAUCACUAAACAAAACAAAGCUAAAGACGACAAACAAAAUUCAGUGUUGGACCGAUUCGGGGCAAAGGGGAUAAUGAUUUGUUUACUUGUGGUCACCGCAUGUGGACUCGUUGUCAUAUUUGGAAUGAUCAUCGCAAAAUUUGCAAAGAAAAAGACUGGAGAAUACACACCCUUUUAA